AUGGUUCGUCAACCUCCUGUACUUUGGGCACAGAGAGAAGGAUUUUUGUAUGUUACCAUUGAAAUCGAUGAUGUAAAAGUCGAGGAUCUAACUGCUGAUAGUUCAAAGUUGCAUUUUAAGGGGACCAGUCACACUGAAGUGUUUGAAACAACAUUGGAAUUCUUUGCCGAAGUUGAUGGUCCAGCGAUGAAACGAACACUUUCAAAUACAAGAGUUAUCGAAUUGAAUAUUCCUAAAAAAGAACCGAAAUGGUGGCCACGACUGUUGAAGGGAAAAGAAAAGGUACACUGGCUGAAGGUCGACUUCGACAAAUGGAGAGAUGAAGAUGACUCCGGUGCUGAAGAUGGUAUGAUCGGCUCUGGAGGCUUUGAUCUUAACUCUUAUAUGAAUCAGAUGGGCGGUGGUAUGUAA